ACCAAACAGUGCAAAAUUCACAAAAAAUCGCGAUUUAACAUUAAAAAUCAUCUCCAUUCAUUGUGAUUUUGCUGAAAUCGCGUACUUCUUGCCACUGCAUCUCAAAAUUGCUCAAAAAUCGCGUUAAUUUAAUUCACCAAAGUUCAAAUUUUCGUCGAACGAUGAAUUUUCUCAUCUUCUCCAUCUUCCUUCUGGAAUGCAUUUUUCUGCUGAAUCCCGCAUUUGCUCAACAACUACCUCCCAAAAACCUCGUGGAAAGCAAAAAAGAAAGACUGAAAGCGGAAAAAUUGCCGCCAUGCAAGGCGUGCACGACACUCGUCAAGUCCUUCGAGCUCGGCAUGGAAAAAACGAGUCGCGGCAAGUACGAAGGCGGCGACACGGCCUACGAGGAAGAGAAAAUGGGCAAAUACGCGUACAGCGAAGUGCGACUUGUGGAAAUUCACGAGCAGUUGUGCACGGAUGUGACGCGUGGGCGGGAUCAGUGUCAUGCCUUGGUCGAGGAAUGGGAAGAGCUCAUCGAGGAAUGGUGGAAAAAACAAGCAGAGCUGCCCGGAUUGUAUGAAUUUUUGUGCAUUCAACGGGGAGAAGUUUGUUGCCCGGUCGGGCAUUUCGGACCUGAGUGUCUUCCGUGCUCCGAGUGUCACGGAAAUGGCGUUUGCAAGGGCAACGGGACUCGAAAAGGGAACGGAAAGUGUCUCUGUGACGCUGGAUACGCCGGAGAAUCAUGUCUCGAGUGCGAUAAAGGCUAUUACGAGUCAUUCAAAGACGAUUCGAAACUUCUUUGCAGUAAAUGUCACAUGGCAUGUACGGAUGAAGGCUGCAAAGGCGCCGGAUCGAAAAAUUGCGUCAACUGCAAAGACGGCUGGAUUCGCGAUAACGAAGGAAAUUGCAUCGACAUCGACGAAUGCAAUCGCAAAAAUUCGCCUUGCAAAUCGAACCAGUUUUGUGUCAACAAUGAAGGCUCCUUUUCGUGCCUCGAAUGUGAUCGCUCAUGUGACGGUUGUCAUGGCGAUGGCCCAGAUUUGUGUCUCAAAUGUGCUGAAGGCUACGAGCUGAAAGACGGCUUGUGUACCGACUUGACAAGCGAACGUCGUAACACGUAUGCGAAUUACAUGCGAUAUGUCACGUAUGGAGGUCUCGCUGUCGCUACUUGCAUCAUCUUCCAAAAUUCGCCAUCAAUUGCAGCUAUUAUUGGGUUGGCGGUUGCAGCUUAUAUCUCGUUUGCGGAAUAUUGGUUGGCUAAAACUGCGACAAAUAAAAACGAACAAUUACUGGAAAUGUAAAAGACAAGAGGGAAAAUGCACAAUUUUAUACCAAAAAACAAAUUUAGAGGACGACGAUUUGUAAAUAACGUAGAGAAUAAGUAGACAAUUUUUUAUACGAAAAAAUCACCAAUUCUUCAUAAUUUAUUUUAAUUUUACUUGACG